UUAUGAGAUUUCCUGCUGCUCAGCUCUUGCUCACCUGGCAAAACCUCAGGCUGUGUUUUCAGAGCAGUGCAUAAAGACAAGGCUAAAAUACCGCAUGGUUAAAUCCAGAUAUGCAGCAUUGCUUGGAGUCCACAGGAGCAAAGAUACUCCAAUUUCAUUCCAAAAAGAAGAGAAUCUCAAACCAGGAGUUUGAAACACUCCCAGGAGAAGCUGACAGAUCAUGUCAAAUGACUGUAGCACUCCCUUCUAUGAUUUGCUUUCCCAAAGAAUCACGUGAAAGGAGGAAGAGACUAAAGAGGAUAUCCUAGGCAUCCCUUGCCCUCCUCCUGUCAUAACAGAGGUGUCCUAGGUACCACUAAAUUAUCAGGACGGGCUUAAGUGCUCUCCGGUCACUAGCAGAAUCUGCCGCCAGAGGAACCUGUGAUACAGGCACCUUUAUAGCACGUGCCAGGGCCAGGAGAUGCGUUUGCUAUUCACACCCUGUGGACUGCAGGAGUCUUGAGAAGCCUACUCAUAAAUUUUCCAGACGUCACAGAAUAACUUCAGACAUUUAGAGAAGAACUGCUGAGACAACCAAUCUCUUGAUUAGUUAUUCCCUUAGCACGUGGUAAUGAUAAGGGAACCCAUUUUACAAAACAUGUUGGGAACAACAUCUAUGUAGCCCUACAGACAGACCAGGUAUCUUUGUGCUUAUCAGCCCCAAUCCAGUGGGGCUGCAGAAAGGAAAAUCUCCAGGUUGAAAACCAAACUGGCAAACAUGUGCUCAGAAAUGACCAGUGUGAAAUGACUAGACUCGAUUAGACUAGACCAGAAUGGCAUAGCUCAGCUGGAAGGACCUGGAAGGCUGAUCAAGUCCAACUGCCUGACCACGAGAUGGCUAGCAAAAAGCUAAACUAAAUUAUGGAAGGCAUUAUCCAAGUGCCUGUUGAACACUGACAGGCUUGGGGCAUCAACCAGCUCUCUAGGAAGCCUACUCUGCUACCUCUUGUACAGAAAACAUAGUGAACAGAAAACGCAGAGUGUCACUUCCUAACCUUUUACCUGGGAGACCUAUGCAAUUGCCUUAAUUGGCAGUUAAUGGGGGUGGGGGCAGGACUGGUGCGGCACAGCUCCACGCUCGGCACAGUGGUGGCCCAAUGGGUGAUGCCACAAAGGCUGUGAUUGUCACAGCUGCCAUCACCUGGUACGAGACCACUGCAGGGUACAGUGGGGUCAGUCCCCAGCAGGGACGCUGCUGUGUGGGGGCAGAGGUGAGGCUCUACCACAGGAGUGUGAGGACACAGCAGCGAGACGUCUGGCUGGGCCAGGAGGAAGCGAGCCCUGCGGGUGGCUCCUGGAGGACCAAGCUGUGUGGGAUGGAGGUGCAGUGGGCUGAGGGAACCAGGCCCACAGGCCCCCUGCAUCGCCUUCUGCAGGAGGGAGAGUUUGCCCUACUGAGCCAUGCCCUUAUCUUUGAGAGCAACUUCUUCCAAGUGGGCUGCCACGGACAGGUGCUGAACAUGUCUAAGCGGGUACAGGUGGUGACCAUGGCCGUAGCUGAAACCGGCCCUGCCACUGGGGUGCCCAACAUCAUCUUAAUGGCUGUCCCUGAGGCUUCUCCAGCCAGGAGGCUGGAGCUCACCAGGCUGCUGCCACUGCAGUGCAUAAAGCUGACUGUGUACAGGAGCCUCCAGCACUGCCUCCGGCUCUGCUUCCCCACCGGCCGCAAAGUGUACAUGCAGCUGUGCCCUGGGCCUGGUGCUCUGGAGCUCUUUCUGCACUGGGCCGGGCUGGUGACCAUGCUCCGUGUCCCUCGGGAGCCUUGCAUCCAGUGCACACCUGCAGAGGAGCCCAUGCCCAGGGAUGAGGCCUGCUGCAUGGAUGUGUCACAAGCCGUGGUCAAGGCUGGUGUCAAGGUUCCUGCCACAGACCCACCUAUGGAUAAGACACCAGCAACGGGAGAAAUAGCAGGGACAGAUGAGGCCUUGCCUCCCUCCAGCACACCAGAGGAUGCUCCCAAUGAGACUCCUGCAGACGCCAUGAGAUGUGGAAGCAAUUACCAUCUCGGUAGUACCCACAAUCCCCUGGCAACCAGUGCUGGGAAGACACCGACUGAAGAGAAGCAGCCACCCUCUGGAUGUGGCGCACUGGCAGAAGAUGGGCGUUCUGGAGGAGGGGUUCCAGGCUCGCAGGCUGACUCCCGUGACAGGCUCUACUCACUGAGGGUAGCCUCCACGGAGUGGGCAAGAAGAGCGUUUUGUUGGAUGGGAGACUCUGAGUCUUGGGAAAAGGAUUAUUAAAGGCUGCGGGAACUGUGCUGCUCAGGCUCAUGCACAGUGAUGCUCAGAGUACUAUGCGCACGUGAGAUGUAUCCGUGUGAAGGAAGCGCGUGAUGUAUGGGGCCGCACCACUUGCCUGUGGGCUUCCGGUGUUGCUGGGAGCAUUUUAUCCAUCCCAGCAGUCAUGGCUGCCAGUGGGUCACUGUCUGUGGUCACAGAUGGGUCACAGCUAAAGGUCAGCCAAUCUCUGUGAUUAAGCUGAUAAUGGAAAAAUUGAGAGAAACACCUCCAGAGGACACUACCAUGCAUGUCCAGAGGGACAUUAGGGUAUAUUAAUGAGUUCUUGGAAAAGAAUGAAUAUGUAUGCCAACAUACUGCAUCUGUAUGUCUUAACUGUUUAAAUGUUGAACCUGAACUCUGAGUGCAUGCUUGUUUGUCAAGAUGCCUCAUACUUAUUUCGAGGAAUAAACAAAUGCCAUUUUCUAAUUCUCUACCACACUGGAGUUAGAGAGUUUUCUUCGCAGACUUUGGGUGACAUUUCAAAGAAAUAGAAAUGCAAACCAACUUUUUUUCUUUCAUACCUUGAAAGCGAGCAAUACAUUUCUUUCAUAUUCAUUCUUCAGAAAGGUAUUCUCCAAGGCAGUAUAUGAUUCAAAUUGUAAUAAUUACCACUGCUCUGUAUUUAAAGAGUAAGGGGUAUUUUUACAUAACUUUUGUGCCAAAAACUUGUGUUUAUGUUUUUGGGUUUUGCCAGUAUACAGCAACGUACUCUAACUCAAGUUGUUCAUGGAGGCAUUCAAGACCACGUUGGAUGGGGCCUUGGGCAGGCUGAUCUGGUGGGUGGUAGCCUUGCCCAUGGCAGGAGGUUGGGAGUGGAUUGUCUUUGAUGUCCCUACCAACCUAGCCAUUCUGUGAUUCUGUUGAUUCUGUAUCUACAGUCCGCCAUCUUUAUCAUAUCCUUAGAAUCUUUAAAACAGGGCAGAACUAUGACACUUUUGUCACUUGUCAUGCUUGUUCCUUGGUAUUAUUUUCUGUUUAUCAAGAAUGCUCAGAACUGUUUGCGCUUUUUUCUACAGCUCCAGCAGCUGACCUUUAGAGUGUGAAGUUCGGAACUUCACAAGUGGUUCUGUUUCUGUAAAUCCUUUCUUAGGCAAAAGUAUCAUUAACUGUAUGCAGCGUGGUUUCUCUCCACUGAAGAAGGAAAAUGGAAAAAAAAAAAAACCUGUUGUAAAAUUACGGAGGAAGAAUGACGACCUUAGCUCCUUUUCUAACAGUCCUGACUGUCAACUGUGAGAAAAAAAAAAAAAACCUCUUUGUUUUUCAUGUAUUCUUGCUCAUAAUAGUAAACAGUUCUUUCAAAGAAAUGGUGGUUGAUCUUAAGUGAAAAUACUGAACUCUUAUGAGAUGCAAAGAGCAGUGCAGAUUUGCUACUAGAUGCGUUUCCUUCUUGGUUCAUCCCAUUAACUGUGUCAGGCACACAGCAGGCACUGCUUCCUGACGGGAAUGUCUGCAAACACUGCAAGGUGGCUGCUGUUUCAGCAGUUGUUAAAACAGCUCUGUGUCUGUAUACAUUCGGCAGAACUAGUCCGGAAAUGCUCUCCGUAUUAAAAACAGGGAGUGAUUAGCAAACAAUCAUCAGAAUUAUUAGUUGAAGAUUUUUGAGUAUGGAGCGGACUUCGAGAUAACGAACUGGAGUGUGAGAUUCAGUGGUUCUGCUGUUGUUGUUAAGCAUGACUCCACACGUUCAUCUAAAAUAUCAAGCAAAAAUCCUUUCUCUGUUGCUCGUAAAUGCGUAGAAAGUAGUAGGACGUGUCUUGAAAGGGGUAUGGCAUUUAAUUGUUUAACUAUCACGCAUUCUUUGGUAUUUCUGUGGGUCAUAUAUAAACUUCCUAAUGUCCUAGGUAUUAAAAAUUACUUUGGAUGGAUUUUCUGCUACAGGAUGGCUUAACCAUUAAACUUUUGCCCUAGGAAAAGGGAGACAUAGCUGUACUACGGCGAUGAAACCAUAGGCCACACACUCACAUGACUGCACCGCGAGGGGGCACUGGCCGGGUGAGUCUGCGGCAGCGGGCUGGGCUGGGUCCGUCCUGUGCAAGCGGGGCUGCGUGUUCCCGAGCUUCUGCAGGCUAUUUAAACACGGAGCAGCCGUUUGCCACCCACUCAUGUGACUAUUAUUUUUAGGUAGUAGGUCAGUAAGUAACUUACUUUCUGCAGAAGAGGAAUCUGGUGCUGCUGGUUUCGUUUGGCAUUCAAAAGCGAUGUUUUACACUCUGUCAUCUAGGAAUUUGGAUAGUAAUCACGAGCAGAUUUCUUAGAAUUUAUUUUAAUCUCCCCUAGUGCUUUCUGUUCUUGCACAUUCAUUCUUCAAGUGACCAUCUGCCUUUCAAACCUCCCAUAUGCUUCAAGAAGCUGUCACACAAACUACCACUGGGCUGAGGUCUGAUGGUGGCAGUUCAACUGCAACAAAGUGCUGGGCGUAUCCGAGUUACCAGGGAAAUUGGAUUGAAAACAUUAGGAGAGCUCUGCCCUUGGCAGUGUUUUUUUUUCCCUUCCAAUCUGGGACAUGGCUCUCUCCCAGAAUCGCAGAAUCAAACAAGUGAGCCUGUGCUCAGACCAGUAGGGGAAUGUACCUGCUCAGAGCAGGCUGGGGGUGACAUGGCUAUGGGAGGAAACACCAAGAAUUUGAGCCGGGCAGCAACAUUCCAGUGAAACUGCAGUGAAAAAAAGGACAGAAGUAGUAGAGAUGAUGUGGUAAUUGAACAUGUGCUGGCAUACUGGACUUGACCUGUGCUUAGAGGAUCAGCAGCAGCACUCAGGCUCUUGGUCUGAACUGCAGGUGUCUGUCUCUGUGUAAUGCAUGAACUUCUGUCUCCCUGUGUGUAGCUUGUGAAAGAUUUUUGUUCCUUAUCAGGCAUCCUUAUGCUGCAUUGUGUCUCUAAGGACUCUAGUGUGUCAGAUAAACACACUAGUGUAAAAGUCACAGCUGUUUUAAUGUGUGAAAAAGUCAGUUAUCCUAUGCUGACAAUUCCUGUAUAAUUUGGGCACUGUUCAGUUUUCCUUCACCCUCUUGGGCUAGAACUGAAAGAGAGUUUGUGAAUGUGACUUUCUCUGGGUGGCCAUGUUGCUCGCCUAAAGCACAGGCUUGUUUGAGUGGGCUUGGGGAUGUGAGACAUCCCCAUUUUUAUUUUAUAGGUUGGGCUAGUCAUAACGAAAGAUGGGAUAUCAAAGUAGCUGCUAUGGUUUUGUAAUACACUUAUCGAAGAAUUUCAGCUUUGAAUUUCUGUAAUCCAUAGCAAAUGAUCUGUGGACCUGGAUGAAAAUUUUGCAACAACCACAGUACAGGUCUUGGCACAGUUUUGCUGCCUGUAUUUGCUUUCAGUGCAUUUCAACAGAAAUCAGAAUACGUUCUGCAAUCCUGUACUGGGUGUAAUUUUGU